UCUAGUACGGUAUGUUACAGCAUAAGAACAAGAAUUGUCGGGAACAGGAUGAAACUGUAACAGCCCGAUCGCCGCCUACAAAGAGUGAUGAAACUCCCAAGAUAGAUGGAAGGGAAAAGUUGAAAGAAUUGCGAUGACGGAAGUGGGCAUAAUAUCGUACACAAAAGUUCGGGAUCUUGAAGAACAAGAAAGAGAACGGCAACAACAAGAAAAUGAAGUUCGGGACGAACCRCUUACUACAGAUGCCCCAGCAUUGACCGAUCUAUCGGCCGUGUCGGCUGAUCAGACCCCCAACACUUCUACUCUWAUGAACCGGUCCAUCAAUGUUGAUGAAGCGAUCGAACGGUUAGGAAUGGGUAGCUUUCAACUGAUUGUCUUGACCGCAGCCGGCCUAUGCUUUGCUGCUGAUGCGAUGCAGGUUCUGCUUCUGACAUUUUUAAGCGAAAUCCUGCGUUCAGAAUGGAACCUCUCCGACGACGAGACAGCAAUGAUCACAUCAAUACUAUUUAUUGGAGCAAUUUUUGGAACACUCACCUUGGGACCGAUGGCUGAUAAGAAAGGGCGUAAGCCAGUCUUUUUGUUGGCGGCUUCGAUAAUCAGUUGUUUCGGCCUGGCUGUUUCCAUGGUGAACAGUUAUUGGGCACUUCUGGGCAACUUAUUUAUGGUAGGGUGGGGAGUAGGAGGUCUUACUGGUGAGUUGUUUCGUGUGUUAAUUUUUUGCACCAAUUCGACAUGACGAAAGUAAAAGGCAAUCCAUGUAGCUUACYAUCUAUGCAGUCCCAUUUGAUAUUCUUGCCGAGUUUUUGCCUUCUAAUGCAAGAGGGAAAAAUUUGCUAGUGAUAGAAUACUUUUGGACCAUCGGUGUUCUGUUCGUUGUAAUCACGGCGUAUUUUACUUUGGGACACGGAAACAAGGAUGGCAACUGGCGAUUGUUUGUGGCAAUAUGCGUAGCUCCAUGCUGGCUCUCUGUUUUGAUAGGCUACUAUUUUGUUCCAGAAAGCCCCAGAUGGCUUUGUUCACAGGGCCGUUGCGAAGAAGCAAUCAAAAUAUUAAGGCAUGCCGCCACGAUAAAUGGCAAAGAUAAGGAACUUCUUUACCCAGAAGGAAUGCAAUUCGAUGAUGAGCCAGAAGAAGAAUGUAAUUUCCGUGAGUUAUUUCGUCCGCGUUGGCGAUGGACAACUCUGAAGCUGUGGGGAGCGUGGGGGUUCUUCGCCUUCGGCUAUUAUGGGACAGUCAUGGGAAUCACGGAAAUCUUUGAUUCGGAGAACCAAACAGGUCUCGAAGGAGAGGAAAGAGCAAAMAACUUCGAUUACUUAGCUAUUUUUGUGAGCAGCUCUGCGGAAUUUCUGGGGACAACCAUAGCAAUACUUUCUGUUGACUCGCUUGGUCGCAUUCCUUUGCAGGUAGUAGCAUACACAAUGGCGGGAGUCUUAGUAUGUUCCCUUUACUUAUCAGCAGCUCACGACAGCCAUCGGAAUGUCUUGAUUGCCUUGGGAUUUGGCGCUCGAAUAUUCGAAAUGACUGGUAGUUGUGUAUCUUGGGUGAGUACAGCCGAAAUUUUAACAACAGAAGUCAGAACUACGGGCCAUUCUGCUGCGAAUGCUGUUGCACGAAUAGGAUCAUUAUUCAGUCCUUUUGUCAUUGAAGGGCACGGUUCAUUAGUAGGAAAAGGCCUUGUCAUGUUGGGAAUACACGCAGGAACUGUAUUCUUUGUUUCUCAGCUCCCUGAGACCAAAGGUUCUCGGCUGGGAAUUUCACAAGAUGACUCCAUUGAGGACGAAGAUGAUGGGAUGAACGAUGUAUUCAGGGACGAGGACAUGCAAGACGAUGUACUAGUAGUGGAUGACGAUGCCCGACAAAGACGGGGAUAACACUAAGGUGGUUCAAUUGUUUUUUGGUACAUAUUCAGCACUUUUAUGUUGAAAUACGAAUAUGCUAUUGUGCACACUAUGACUACCUGGGCUGUUAGAGUAACCUUGGCUUCGAAUCAAACUUGUUCAAAUUCAAAAACCUGACUCUUGCGAGUCAAUAAAUUUUUCUCAACGAGCAUCAAACUCUGAGGUGCGAAACCACAUUUUUUCAUACACAAAACAAUUAGUGGUACAGUUUUGAUUCAUACUGGACUUUCCCCUUUUAAGGAUCCGGUUGUCUUCAUUGUUAGUAAUGGUUGCGGAGCAGGAUAUGUGGCGUUCGAAAUUAAAGCAAAACCGAUCGAUUAGACAAAACGAAUCUCUCAUAACGCCGAAAAUGGUCCCGAGCAAUCAUGGUCCUAUUGAUGUGCGAUAUAUCAUUAUUAAUAGUAGUACUAGAGUGGAGCAGUACCAACAGAACCCCCUUACCCACCAGCAGUUUUGCAGUGCUCACUACUAUGACAUCCCCACUAGUAAGCACUAAUAGAGAUUUUCCAGCAGU